AUGAGCGAGAAGGCCGCUAUCACCACACCAGUGGCGGUGUCGGAAAAGACCGACAUCUCAAAAAACGAGCCCACCAGCGAGUCGAUGAGCCCACUCGAGCGCCUUACGUCUCGCGUCUCGGCCGUGUAUGCACCUGAAGGCUGCAUUGAGGCCACUGCGUCAGCAGGUAUCGCAAUGAUGGUGAACGACGAGCCUCCUCGUCACCAUUAUGUCUUUGCUCGCCUGGGCAAUGAGAUGCCGCGUCCCGGCAAGAUGCACUACAACGCUAUGGUCGGUACUCUUUUCCUCGUCAUGUUCCUCGCAGGCUGGAACGACGGCAGUCAAGGCCCCCUCCUCCCCAGUCUGCAGGAGUACUACAACGUUGAUUAUCUGAUCAUCUCCAUUAUCUGGAUCUUCAACGCUCUUGGCUUCUUCUUGUCCGGCGUCACCAACGUGUGGCUUACUGAUCGAUUUGGCUUCGGUAUUGUUGCUCCCCUUGGCGCCAUCUCUCAGAUGUCGGGCUACAUUUUCAUGUGCUGGGGCGGCCCAUACGAGCUCUUCUGCUUUGCAUUCGUGCUGGUCGGAUUCGGCCUUGGACUCCAGGAUGCGCAGGUCAACUCGCUCGUCUCCCGCAUGCCCCACGCCAACACGCUCAUGUUCCUCAUGCACGCCGUGUACGGCCUUGGCGCAACAAUGUCGCCCCUCGUCUCGACCCAGUUCGUCAAGCACGUCCAGAAGGAGGUCUACUACUACUAUGCUGUUUCGCUCGGUCUCGGCGCCCUGACGGCCAUCAUGCUCAUUAGCGUGUUCCGUUUCCGCACCGAUGACCAGAUUCUUGGCCCUCGCGAGCCAGAGGUUAUCGAAGGCGAGAACGCUGUCGAACUUACACCUGAGGCGACACACGAUACCGAUGCGUCGCAAGUUGAGGCCCAGUCUCCUCCUCCGUCACCCAGGAAUGCCAAGGGUGCCUCCGGUUCAGGCAGCAAGAUGAAGCGUCUCCUUCGCUCGCCCACCAUGUACUUCCUCUCCGUCUACAUCCUCAUCUACGUUGGUGUGGAGGUCACGAUCGGCGGCUGGGCGACUUCGUUCCUCAUCGACGAGCGCGGCGGCAACGACUCGUCCGGUUACGUCUCGUCGGGAUACUUUGGUGGUCUUACCUUGGGCCGCGUUAUUCUCAUCCCCGUCACGAGCAUGCUGGGGCAGUGGAACGCCGUUUGGGUCUACACCGCCGUCGCCAUCGCGCUCGAGGUCGUCGUGUGGACAGUUAGGAGCUUCAUCGGUGAUGCUGUCGCGUACGCAUUUGUCGGUGUCGCCCUGGGUCCCAUGUACCCUAUCGUCAUGAUGGUGAUUGUCGCCAUCAUCCCGCAGGAGCUGCAGGGCGGUGCCAUUGGCCUGGUCGCCAGUCUGGGCCAGGUUGGCUCAGCCAUGCUUCCAUUCAUCACUGGCGCUAUUUCGCAGCACACCGGUGUCUGGGUCUUGCAGCCUCUUAUGGUUGCCCUCUUGGGCUUCUCGCUGCUCGUGUGGGCACUUGUGCCUCGCAAGCCUGUCAAGGCCUAA